AUGCUGGACGACUUGGCUGGUUCCCAAUGGUUUUCUAAGAUAGAUCUUUCCAGUGGCUACCAUCAAAUCCGCAUUCGUGAAGGAGAUGAGUGGAAAACCAUGUUUAAAACCCCUAAUGGUUUAUAUGAAUGGCUUGUUAUGCCCUUUGGAAUGUCCAAUGCACCUAGCACAUUUAUGAGGCAUAGAUCCCGCCAAGGUGGCAGCUAUUACUGGUUGGCAGCAGCCAUGACCUUGACAAAGGAACGCAACUUUCAUGGUCUCGCCUCUUUUUAUCGACGAUUUAUUCUAAGGUUCAGUACUAUUAUGGCACCAAUCACUGAUUGUAUGAAACAAAGAGCUUUUCUGUGGACCCUUGAGGCUGCCAAGGCCUUUACAAUUUUGAAGCAAUAUAUUACUCAGGCGCCUGUUCUUCGACAUCAUGAUUUGACUAAAGUCUUUGAAGUCGCAUGUGACGCUUCCGAAGUCAGGAUUGGUGGUGUGCUUAGCCAAGAAGGACAUCUUGUAGCAUACUUUAGUAUUCCCCGUACUUCUCUUCAUGAAUUCCUUGUUUGGGAACUACAUGGUGGCGGCCUCACAGGACAUUUUGGCAAAGAUAAAACUAUUGCCUUGGUGGAAGAUCGUUUUUAUUGGCUAUCGUUAAAACGUGAUGUUGCUCAUCUCAUCUCCCAAUGCUGCACAUGCCAGCUAGCUAAAGCUCGCAAACGUAACAUAGGUCUAUAUACCCCUCUGCUGAUACCUCAUGCCCCAUGGAAGGAUCUUAGCAUGGAUUUCGAAGUAGUCCGUUUGCAUGGCCUCCCCGUCUCCAUUACUUCUGCCUUGAAGUUUUCCUCUACUUUUCAUCCCCAAACGGAUGGUCAAACUCAGGUGGUUAAUCGCAGUUUCGGUGAUUUACUUCGCUGUUUAGUUGGGGAUAAGCCUGGUAAUUCGGAUUUCUUGUUGCAUGUGGCUGAGUUUGCUUAUAACAACUCAGUUAAUCGAAGUACUGGUAAGAGUCCUUUUGAGGUUGUUCAUGGGUUUUCUCCCCGAUCACCUGUUGAUUUGGUUGCUCUUCCUGUGGCUGCCUGCGCAUCAGAUUCUGCUACUUCUUUUGCUGAACAUAUUAGGCCAACUUCAUGA